AUGUACAGCGCCGUUGACCGUCGUCUAGAAGAACCACAAGCCACCUCGCAGGCCGACGACGCAAAGCCCAUCGUUCAAGCAACAGAACCUCUUGCACCUCCACCGCGACCUGCUGGUGCAAAUCCUGCAGAGACUCCAGAUUACUUCUCCGCUGUCCACGCCGGAGGACUGCAAGAAUUCAAUCCCUUUGAACAAUCCUUUGGCGCGCCCUCAACAGACACGCCAGGAAAAACCCUACUGCCUCCCGUCGCUGCGCUUACAUCUCCUGCCAUCCCUGGUGCCGGUUCCACUGGCGGAUACAAUUGGCAAAGUUCACUUCGAUCUGGGCCACUGAGCCCUGCAAUGUUGACCGGGCCCCAGCAAGGUGACUAUUUCGACAUACCCGGCCGAGGGUUCCCAACGCCUAACGAGUCCUCACUCCGGACGGGACUCACCCCAGGCGGUGGCGGGUCUAUGUUCCCGGCCCCCAGUCCAAAUUCACAGGCACUCUUCAAUUCCUUGCAAAGUGGCGGUGCCACUCCAGGAACUCUUGAUUUUCAUCGCACUGCUAUGAACGCAGCUGCUCGCAAUAAGAACAAUCAGUUUGCAAACACGUCAAAUCCACAAGAAGCCCUCCCGAAGACCAACAUGGACAACCAGCAUGACGCGACAGAUGCCGCAAAUGGUUUGUUCAUGCUAGCCAAGGGCGGCCAACCCAGCAGUCAAUUUGCUGCUCCCAAUCCAGCACAGACCCCAGCACGAAAUGGCCUAGACCAAAAGGCAGCCUCCUCAAAUGGCGACAGUCCGGAAAGUCAUGAGGAGACUAAGGCCAGCACCCGUGGUGGUCGUGGGAAGAAGGCAAAGGCAGAACCCGCUAGCAACCGACGAAAGUCUGAAGCUAGCGCCAAAGGUAGCAAUAAGCGUGCAAAGGGUAAUUCGGGAACUGCCAAUGUUGAUCCUGCUCUUGAUCCCCACGAGGAAGAAGACAUGGACAGCGACGAGGGAGACGAUGAUGCGAAUACCACUCAUGGCAAUGGGAAGAAGAUGACUGAUGAAGAAAAGCGCAGAAACUUCCUCGAACGCAAUCGUAUUGCUGCCUUGAAGUGCCGACAGAGAAAGAAACAAUGGUUGGCUAAUCUCCAAGCCAAAGUUGAGAUGUACUCUGCGGAGAACGACAGUUUAAACACGCAAGUCGCACAGCUUCACGAGGAGAUCCGCAAUCUUCGGACUCUCCUGAUGGGCCACAAAGACUGCCCCGUUGGACAUGCCCAAGGCAUUGGGCAAUUCCUGAGCGGCAUGCAAGACCCUAAUGGGUUUGCCACCCAACAUGUCAACCCUUACGGAAUGCCUAUGCCUAAUGGGCCUCCCAUGCAACCUGGCAUGCAGCGGACGUAG